AUGAACUGUGAUGAUGAUGAUGAUGAUGAUGAUGAUGAUGAUGAUGAUGAUGAUGAUGAUGAUGAUGAUGAUGAUGAUGAUGAUGAUGAUGAUGAUGAUGAUGAUGAUGAUGAUGAUGAUGAUGAUGAUGAUGAUGAUGAUGAUGAUGAUGAUGAUGAUGAUGAUGAUGAUGAUGAUGAUGAUGAUGAUGAUGAUGAUGAUGAUGAUGAUGAUGAUGAUGAUGAUGAUGAUGAUGAUGAUGAUGAUGAUGAUGAUGAUGAUGAUGAUGAUGAUGAUGAUGAUGAUGAUGAUGAUGAUGAUGAUGAUGAUGAUGAUGAUGAUGAUGAUGAUGGGAAUAAAAUGCCCUAUUUACCACAAUAA